UAUGAACCUUGUACGCACACUUGCUUGUAGAAGAGGCAAGGAGCAGACGGGCUUUUGAGAUGCUGUGAUUAACAUCAUUUACCCCCGACAAGCAAAUUAAAGGAAACAAUUUUCAAGAUGAAAUGGGAUUUUAUGAUUACAGAACGUAUCAAUGUUGUGAAACCUUUUAGAAACUCACCAAUUCAGCUGAACUUAAGGACCCUUUCUAUUAAUAUAUAAGUUACAUUUUAGUGGGGAAAAAAUUACAGAAGAAACAUGAAAGAGUAUGAAAAGAUUUUGGAAGACAUUCGACCUUUUGGUCCUUUUCAAAUUAGAGUAUUUUUGUUGGUGUCUAUGUUUGAAACACCAUUAGCAUGGGCAAUGCUUUUGCCAAUGUUUACAUCAGCAAAGCCUGAGGAGCUCUGUAUAGUGCAUGAGAAUAACAACACUACGGGAAGUAAGCAGGAUGAAUGUUGGGAUAAAGGAGCAAACGGAAGCAGUUGUCACUUUUCAAAUUCUUUUACAUCCAUUGUUACUGAGUGGGGACUGCAUUGCUCUAGUAACAGAGAUGUUCCUAACCACAUUACCUCCAUGCAGAUGGCAGGUGUUCUUGUAGGGGCUGUAGUAACAGGUCAACUUGCAGAUUUAUUUGGACGAAAGAAAGUACUGUAUGCAGAAUACCUACUGCUGCUUAUUACAUGGUUUGGGAGUGCCUUUGCACCAACCUGGCAGGUGUAUGCCACCAUGCGUGUAUUGGUUGGUGCUCUCACUGGAGGGUGCCUUGUUGUCAACUUUGUUCUACCCCUGGAGUUUGUAACACCAUCUUGGAGAACAUUUUGUGGCUGCAUUGGUCUUUGGGCUGUUGGAUUGAUAACACUUGCAGGAUGGGCAUAUGUUCUGCGAGAUUGGCGGCAUCUGACAAUGGCAACUGCAGCUGCCGGUGUUCCUAUGCUUUUUACGUGGUGGUUUGUGGCUGAAAGCCCUCGAUGGCUUAUUAGCCGAGGGAGACUUGGGAAGGCAAAGAAAAUUUUAAGAGCAGCAGCAAAGACAAACAACAGACCUGUCCCUGACUUUACUGAACUGGAGAGAGUUGUAGAGGAAACACAGCAUAAGAAGCAAGAGCAAAAGAAGUAUUUUUACUGGCACCUUUUCAGUUCCUGUAGACUUGUUCGUGGCACUUUUAUUUUGAUGUAUGCUUGGUUUGUCUCAAGUGCUGUGUAUUAUGGAAUGAACUUCAAUGUGGCAAACUUGGCAGGUGAUCGCUAUCUAAAUGCCUUGGUAUCUGGCCUUGUGGAAAUUCCAGCACUGAUUUUAGUGGUGUGUGUAAACAACAGAUGGGGACGACGCAAGACAGUGGCUUGUCUGAUGCUUGUGGCAGGACUCUUUAGUUUCUCCAUUUUGAUCAUAGAUAUGACAGACAAUAUGGAGAAGCAGAAUGUGCUUGUAGUGGUUUUUGCCAUGAUUGGCAAGUUUGGCAUCUCUGGAGGCUGGGCAGCCACGCAAGUUUUCUCAGCAGAAACUUUUCCCACAGUCAUCAGAAACAUAGGCAUAGGAGCCUGCUCCAUGGCAGCUAGAGUUGGAGGAAUAGCUGCCCCCCAACUCGUUCUCUUGGGUAAAGAUAGCAAGGCUGUACCAUUUACUGUUUUUGGAGUUCUAGCUAUAGUGUGUGCACUUCUGAUGGUCUUUUUACCUGAGACAACACACACCCCUCUCUCUGAUCUUUUGAAAUAUGACACCAGUGUCUAUCUCACAGAGCAGUCUGUUGACGUUCCGCUUACUCCCACACAAACGAGCGUAGAGAGUGAAGAGACACAGCCAUCAGAAGACUUGCAACCCCUGGCAGGCACAGAGAGAGAGACCUGUGCAGGCGAGUCUGGUGUAGGAAAGAUUGUUACCUAGGUAACCAGUCAAUUGCUUCUAAGGAAUUCAGUAUGAUCGGGAAGCCAUGUUUCACAUGAGUAGUGGCAGCAAACUAAAAUUGGAAUUUUAAAGAACAGUGUGUUUGGAAAAGUCUUGCAGCAGAAUUCUUUCAUUUUUUUUUUCAUGAAGUUAUCACUUAACUGAAAAAACCCAUGCUAUGCUGUAACAGUAGCAAAAUAACUUUUUUUUUUUUUAAAGAAUUGAUCAUUGAAGCUUGUUAAUUGUGUCAGUAUAACCAUGCUUCUGUGAAAUCAAAUUUGGAUGUUAUUUAUUUUGAGAUGUGACUGUAUUUUGUGGGAUCUUUUAAUUGGCAAAAGUAUUUCAAAUGACUAUAGGAAAUUCAUUGCAUCCAUUUCCUUUAAUCAUUAACAUCAUCAACAAAUUUAUGACUCCAAUUCUGUAGAUUGUCAUUGUGUGAGAUGUGUAUAUUUUUGGGAUUAUACUAACAGGUUAAGAUGUUUUUAAGAUAUAAUUGGAUGUCACAUCAGUCUUUUCAACUAUUUCACACUAUUAAACCACGAAUUUGUAUUACUGGACUGCUGGCAGAUGAUUUGUUUCCAGUUUACUGCUAAAGCUGGGCAGGUGUGUAUAAAGCUUCCAGUUUAGUCACAUUCAUUGUUUAGGCUCACUGAGACUAACAGAGGAGAACUUUGCAAGGGGCUAAGGGUUUGUCUCAGCAGACAGACAGACAGCUGUCCACCUAUACACAUCUGUGCUUACACUGACAGAUGUAUAGUUAGGGUAAGGCUAUACACAGCCCUUUUUCCUUACUUUACUCCCAUUUCUGUACGAAGAGGAAGUUGUGCUUUUGUGAUAAGUUGAUCAUGUCUGGUGUUUAUCUAGCAUUUUUCUGCCAUAGGUUUCAAAUUAAGUUACAAAAUUAUUUUUCAUUAUCCUGGUCAGUACUCGUAUAGAAAACCAUGACUUCUAGAAGUGACAGCCGUUUCAUUACUUCGCUUGUAUCUGUCUCCUCAUCAUAAAAUAAUCUUUAUAACCAUUUGUGUGUUAUGAUGGAGCAAGACACAUUGUUAGCUGAAGUAUUGAAUCCGUAGCUUACAAAUACCACAUAUUGUUGAAGUCCAUUUUCUAUAGAUGUUUGCUAAACUAUUUAACUACCAGCUUGAUGUGGAAGAGUGAGGAAUAGUGUUGUAGUUAUGUUUGAUUAGUCUUGUUGCUUUACAACUCUUAACAGUAUUUAUGGUGAGGAGGUGCAUUGGUGAUGUUGAGCAUUUGGCAUCUCAUAUGGAGUGUAAAAUUUUUAUGUGACCUAUACACCAAGUUAAUGUACUUAUUUUGUGUUCUUGCUGUAGCAUUUUCUAAUGUGAGGCUUCAAACUUGACAAAUAUCUGUAAAAAUGGUUCAUCAACCUCAGUUCAGAUGUGAUCUUGUACCCUCAAAAAACCCCAACCUUUUUUGGUUUGGCCUACAUGUUGUUAUCCAAUCUAUCAUAAUGACCUAUAUUGCAUGUCUGAACAUUUGAUGACUAAAGUAAUAAGCUGUCACCUUUAACAGACAUCUUUUAUUGUAAACUUUAUAAGGCAUCUGUGCAUAGAAGAAUUUUUUAAUUCUUCAGCCUUUUUCAAACAAUCAGGACAUGUUAAUUUUUGUUAUAUUUUGGGCUUUUUUUGUCUGUAUUAUUUAUGAGAAAAUAUAGUGGCAUUCCAGUCCAUGCUUCAGGGUGCAGUUUAGACCCUGACAAUAUUUUGGCAUGCCACUUACAUAUCAGGUCAUGACAUUCUUACGCAUUAAAUUUUUUAAAUAGCUGCCAUUGCAUGUUAUGAUGGCAAAUUAUUGUACUGUUCCCUCCACCACCUGACACAAAAAACAACAGGAGAACGUGUAAGGAGACCUGACCAUGGAAGAUGAUGAAAAUGUUAAGUUGCCAUGAAUCUCCUGAAUAUGUUAUUUUGUAUAAUUUAUUUUUCAUAACGUUUAUUUGUAUUUGCUAUGAAGAAUUAGAUCUAAAUUUGAAAAGUUUGUUCUAUGUAUGAUCAUUGAAGGACAUGAAUUUUGUGCAUGUAUGCCACAUACACACAAGCAUGAGCUUAUACAGAAUAAUGUUUGAAUGUGUGAAUGUCUUCUCUGUGCUGAAGUCCAGGCAUUUUCAUUCAUUUUUGCAUAUGCUUACAUGUGCACAUGAACAAUCUUGACUUUUUUGUGGCCUGCUUACUGGGUAAACAGAUUAAAAGUGCUACAUGUUACUCUCCAAAGUUUGAUGCGUGAAAUUAAAGUGAAGCAUGAAGCUUAACUUGAUAAAACAUGUA